AAGCUGUACGGACGCGGGCACCCACUCACGGACACUCUUCUAUACUAGCACCGCCGCGGCAGCUCCCGCGUAUACCGGCGGUGCCGUCCCCCCGGCCGAAAUGCUGCGAGCCUGUCAGUUAUCGGGUGUGACCGCCGCCGCCCAGAGUUGUCUCUGUGGGAAAUUUGUCCUCCGUCCAUUACGGCCAUGCCGUAGAUACUCUGCUUCAGGCGGUUCUAGGUUGUCCCCUGGUAAAAUUGCUGGAGCUGGCCUUUUGUUUGUUGGUGGAGGUAUUGGUGGCACUAUCCUGUAUGCCAAAUGGGAUUCCCAUUUCCGGGAAAGUGUAGAGAAAACCAUACCCUACUCAGACAAACUCUUUGAAAUGGUUCUUGGUUCCCCACCUUAUCCUGUUCCAUUGCCAGAGAAGCCGUCUGGUCCACUAAAAAUCUCUAGUGUAUCAGAGGUAAUGAAGGAAUCUAAACAGCCUGCCUCACAACUCCAAAAACAGAAGGGAGACACUCCAGCUUCAACAACAGCAGGUGAUGCACCGUCAGUCCCAGCCCCUGCGGUUCAGCAUGAGGAAUCUAUAAAAACUGAGCACCCUGGAAUUGGUGAAGGGCAACCCAAGCCUGCAGCUUCAGCUGUAGCCAGGAGCUUAGAAGAUGCUCUGAGCCAAACUGCUCACAUCACUCAACAGGCCAUUAUAGCUCAGAAUGCUGCGGUGCAGGCUGUCAAUGCGCACUCCAACAUCUUGAAAGCAGCCAUGGACAAUUCUGAGAUUGCAGGUGAGAAGAAGUCGGCUCAGUGGCGCACAGUGGAGGGUGCAUUGAAGGAACGCAGAAAGGCAGUCGAUGAGGCUGCUGAUGCCCUUCUUAAAGCCAAAGAAGAGCUAGAGAAGAUGAAGAGUGUAAUUGAAAAUGCAAAGAAAGAAGAGGUUCCUGGGGCCAAAUCUCAUAUAACUGCCGCAGAGGGGAAACUUCACAACAUGAUAGUUGAUCUGGAUAAUGUGGUCCAAAAGGUCAAAGCAGCUCAGUCUGAGGCUAAGGUUGUAUCUCAGUAUCAUGAGCUGGUGGUCCAAGCCCGGGAUGACUUUAAACGGGAACUGGACAGUAUUACCCCAGAAGUCUUGCCAGGGUGGAAGGGGAUGAGUAUUUCUGACCUGGCUGACAAGCUGUCUACUGAUGAUCUGAACUCCCUGAUUGCUCAUGCACAUCGCCACAUUGACCAGCUAAACAGAGAGCUAGCAGAACAGAAAGCCACAGAGAAGCAGCACAUUGCACUAGCCUUGGAAAAACAAAAGCUAGAAGAAAAGCGGGCAUUUGACUCUGCAGUGGCAAAAGCAUUAGAACAUCACAGAAGUGAGAUACAGGCGGAACAGGACAGAAAGGUAGAGGAAGUCAGAGAUGCCAUGGAGAAUGAAAUGAGAACCCAGCUUCGCCGACAGGCUGCUGCCCACACUGAUCACUUACGCGAUGUCCUUAGGGUACAAGAGCAGGAACUGAAAUACGAAUUUGAACAGGACCUGUCUGAGAAACUGGCUGAACAAGAGUUACAGUUCCGUCGGCUCAGUCAAGAGCAAGUUGACAACUUUACUCUGGAUAUAAACACUGCCUAUGCCAGACUGAGAGGAAUCGAACAGGCUGUUCAGAGUGAGCGCAUGGGCCUCUUAUAAUUUUAUUCAGUCCAACUUUUUUAGGAUAAUUUUUUGGUAGGACAGUGGGAUACAUGCAUCAGCAUUAGGGCAUAAAGAUGCUGAAGUCAUGCUAUUAAAUUUUAUUUCUGAGAAAAUUAGCCCAGAUUUGAUACGUUUGGAACAUAGAGCGUUUGUG